AUGGAUUCAGCAGAGAAGAGACUCAAUGAGCUUGGUUACAAGCAAGAACUAAGAAGAGAAAUGACUAUGUUCAAAACUCUUGCAAUAUCAUUUUCAACAAUGACACUUUUCACUGGAAUCACACCUUUGUAUGGUUCUAGCCUUCAGUAUGCAGGCCCUGCAAGUCUUGUAUGGGGUUGGGUAGUUGUUUGUUUCUUCACUUGGUUUGUUGGAAUUGCUAUGGCGGAGAUAUGUUCAUCUUUCCCGACAACUGGUUCUCUGUACUUUUGGGCUGCACAUUUAGCCGGUCCAAAAUGGGGACCAUUUUCUUCAUGGUGCUGCGCUUGGCUUGAAACUAUAGGUCUUGUUGCCGGGAUUGGGACUCAGGCUUAUGCAGGAUCACAAACAUUGCAGAGUAUAAUCCUACUCUCAACCGGCACCAAUAAAGGUGGAGGGUACUUUGCCCCUAAAUGGCUAUUCUUAUGUAUGUACAUUGGCCUCACUGUUAUUUGGGCCGCAUUGAACACAUUCGCAUUAGAAGUUAUCGCCUUCAUCGACAUAAUUUCAAUAUGGUGGCAGGUUAUUGGUGGCGCAGUUAUUGUGAUAAUGUUACCUCUUGUGGCACUAACUACACAAUCAGCUUCAUAUGUAUUCACAAACUUCGAAUUAGCACCUAAUACAACAGGAAUAUCAAGCAAACCGUAUGCGGUGAUUCUAUCGUUUCUCGUGAGCCAAUAUUCCCUCUAUGGAUACGAUGCUGCAGCGCAUCUAACCGAAGAAACUAAAGGCGCAGACAAGAAUGGUCCCAAAGCAAUACUAGGUAGUCUUGCCAUCAUUUCAGUAUUCGGUUGGGCUUAUAUCUUGGCACUCACAUUCAGCAUUCAGGAUUUCGCUUAUCUUUAUGAUCCAAACAACGAGACUGCUGGAGCAUUUGUGCCAGCACAGAUAUUAUAUGAUGCAUUCCAUGGAAGAUAUCACAAUUCUGCAGGAGCAAUAGUUCUACUAUUUGUCAUUUGGGGUUCAUUCUUCUUUGGCGGACUUUCAAUCACCACAAGCGCUGCCAGAGUCGUUUAUGCACUGUCAAGAGAUAAUGGAGUGCCAUUUUCGUUCUUAUGGCGAAAACUGCAUCCAAAGCACAAGGUUCCUACAAAUGCUGUAUGGCUAUGUGCAGCAAUAUGCAUUCUUCUUGGUCUACCAAUAUUGAAGGUGAAUGUGGUAUUUACUGCAAUAACUUCAAUAUGCACAAUUGGUUGGGUUGGUGGCUAUGCAGUUCCAAUAUUUGCAAGAAUGGUGAUGCCUGAGAAGAAUUUCAAGGCUGGACCAUUUUAUUUGGGAAAGGCAAGAAGGCCAAUAUGUUUGGUAGCAUUUUUAUGGAUUUGUUAUACAUGUAGUGUGUUCCUUUUGCCAACAUUUUAUCCAAUAACUUGGGAUACUUUCAAUUAUGCACCUGUUGCUCUAGGGGUAGGUUUGGGUUUAAUAAUGGUUUGGUGGGUAUUGGACGCUAGAAAAUGGUUUAAAGGGCCAGUUAGGAAUAUUGAUGCUCAAAAUGAUAAGGUGUAG